GUCCUGUCCGUCGAGGACUUCAGCGAGUCCAUUCGGAUGGUAAACAGCGGCCUUUCCAGGCGUCGAGGCGGGGUCGCCCUCGUAAUUGGCCUGACCACGAUGGUCACGCUGCUCAUUUUCCUUCGUUGGACAACGGGAGGCGGAUUAGAUCUGGCGAGGCUAGCACCAUAUGCAACCAGGCCCAGUAUGGCGUCCGAUAGCACUGAAACGCUUACGGUGGUUGAGAUCGACGACGAAUUCAUCCCUCUCGAAGAAAACCCGAGCUAUUCUCCGGUCGACACACUCCGUAAUGAAAUAUUGCUCCAUCCAUUUACGAGCAUUCCCAACCAAGCACACGUUCACGGCUUCACCGUCAUCGACAAUCUUUAUCUCCGCCAAGGGACCUUUUAUAUCCUCGCGCCAAACGCAAGCCAGGUGUUUCCUCCGCGUCGGGAACUGAUAUCGAGGCCUGUAGAAAGCCGCGCAGGUGUGGAUUCUGACCCAACCGACCAAGAACUGCAGUUUCUCGAGCCGGAGAGCCAUGCUGCCGAGAGCAUAUUGGGCAGUCAGCGUGCGAUGCGGGUCUCGGGUGUUUCUGUGGUGGUUUAUGAUCCUUCCCAGUUCAUGCAUCACUUUUACCACUGGUUUGGCGAGAUAAUACUCGGUUUCUGGCGCGUCUAUACCCACACGCUGCUUGACUCGGACGUGGCACAGGUCGAUUUUGGCCGUUUACCUCCCGUCGAGCGAUUCCUUUUACCCUUCAUAUCCUCGGACUCGGAAUGGCGCGACAGGGCCGGAGUCGAUGGUCCCCUCAUGCGAGCUGCGUUCCCUAACUCGCUUAUCGAGACAGCAGCAUAUUGGAACGACUUGAAGAAGCUCGACACAACCGUAAUAUUUGAGCGCACGAUUAUCAUCACCCGGUCAGCAGCACAUAAACAUCCCUUCGGCGGUGUUUGGUAUAAAAUGAUUGCGGGCACGAUGAACGUGACUGCACCUGAAGAUUUCUGGCGGCCCAUUCGGGAGAAUGUCUGGGAGAGCAUGUGGGGAACUCGCAUGGCUGGGGUUGACGGAAAGCGACCAGUGGUCACCUAUAUUUCGCGGCAGGGUGGUGGCCGUCGUCUCAACGGGACAGACCACGAAGCCCUAGUGGCAGCGCUGCAUGAGCUAGAAAGUUCGGGUCACUGUGACGUCCAGGUGGUGCAGAUGGAGAAGAUGAUCCUCAAGGACCAGGUGGAUGUGAUGCGGAAUAGCACGGCAAAUCCUUGUCGGGGUACAUGGCAAUGGACUAACGGUAUGUUUAUCCACCAGCUAUGGAUGCAACCUUCGCCGCGCUCAACGGUUAUAGAAAUUUUUGCUCCGGAGGCUUACGUGUUUGAUUAUGAAAUGCUCGCUCGCAACAUGGGACACAAGCACUAUGCCGUUUGGAACGACACGUACCUAACCUUUGAAAAAGGCACCUACCACAAGGCAAGGCGUAAACUAUCCGAAAGACUUCCACGGCAAUAACAUUCCAGUGCAUGCGGCAACGGUUGUGGAAAUUAUCAAGUAUCGACUGAGUGAAGGCGGAGAAUGA